UCUUCUUGUUUUCUGAUUCUUCUUAUGCCAUCUCUGAAUAGUUCAACAGUUUUGCCUGCCAUUCUUCUUUGGUCAGAGUUGUACCAUCUUUCCAUUUCUGGGCUAAGAGAGCCGGUGAAGCAGUGGUCACAUGCAUAAAUAGUUUCAUCUGGUCCUUCGGGAUCUCUGGUCCCAUAAUACCUAAAAGAAAAGCUUCUGGUUUCUUAGGAAAAGUUAUUUUCAGCAUUCCCCUCCCCCAUUCAUUAUGGGGUGUGGUGUUGUGAACAUCAGGUCAUCUGCGAUGAGCCCUAGUAUAUAGGUUUUGAUUGAUUGAUUGAUUGAUUGAUUGACUGAAUGUUAGUGACUACCAUUUACCCCACCAGGCCCUGCCUUGCCUUACUGUCAACCUAUCUGCUGAUGGGGGGCCUGUUUCACAGCUGCCCCCUCUCUGGGUCACCUUGGCUCUUCUUGGGGUGUGUAGGGUUGCCAUCUGUCCUGUACAAUACAGGCUUGUCCCAUACAGUCAUACCUCAUGUUACGUUUGCUUCACGAUACUUUUUUUCAGGCUGUGUCCCGCGGCGACCCAUAAGUACCAGAAAGGGUUACUUCCGGGUUUCACUGCUCACGCAUGCGCAAAAGCGCAAAAUACUCCCAACCGCCUUUGCAUGAACCUCCGAACAUUGCAGCGCAAUUUUGACUGAUUUUGUGGACAUUCAAGCUUUAGCUGGGGCGGUGUCCCCAAUUUCUGUUUGGGAUGGCUACUUAUUGAGCGGAAAAAAAAAAAGACCCUCUCUGCUGCAGACAGACACAGGUUGCCACUUAGGCUGCCUUUGAGGACAGACUGAUUGGGAUACAGAGCAGCAGAGCAACAUUAGAGGGAACCACCUGGUGGACUGACUAUAAUUUUAAAUUUAGAUCUUCUUCUUGUUUCCACUUCAUGUUUUCUCUUUGUAUACUUUCUUCCCAAAACGUAACUUUCAAGGUUUAACAAGGUAGGAGCUCUCUUACACAACUAUAAUUCAUAAAAUUGCCUCUAAGACCACCCUCCCCAUUACUCACUAGAGGGUAUUGAAAGUUAAGGACUUGUCCUCCCCCCCUUAAAAAAAAGGGGGGGGAUAUUACAAAGAAUACUGAGCUGACCUUCUAGAACAACUAAGGGAUACUUUGAAUAUAUCAGGUGGAGGUCAUAAAAGCCAAAUGGACAUGGUCUAAUGGUCAUAACGGUUACCAGAAACUAAGCUCUUGGUCUUAUUGUAUCUCUGGUGUAUCCAGUAACGUAUAUUUAUUGUGUAUAGGUAUCUGAUAUUUACUAUAUAAGUGGCGUUGCUUAGGAUCCCACAAUGUCAAAUACUGGGAAAAGACCAGAAGGGGGAACUCCAGGGGAUAGGAAAGGAUCGAAACAAGAAAUUGACUUCAAAGCAGACAUUCUAAAGAUGUUUGCGGAGAUUAGACAAAGUGAGAAAAAUCUUGAGCUUAAACUAGAACAAGUAGACAACAGAAUUGGGAAGAUGGAAAAAAAGAUAGAUGAAACAGUUAAUGAACUGAAAGGUCAACUGAAAGAGGUAUUUAGGAGGACGCAAGCGGUGGAAGAGGGCUUGAAAAAGACAAGGUUAGAAGUGAAAGAUGUGAGACGGGAGGAGGACAAGAUAAAAGCAGAGAUCCUAGAUUUGAAUAAGAACCAAGAGGAAAUGAAAGAUUUAAUUGCUAUGAAUGAACUAAGACAGAAGGAGGUUAAUCUAAGAUUUAGAGCUGUGCCAGAAGUACAAGGAGAGAAUAUAAAAGUGAAAUUAAUAACAGAAUUAGCCUCAUGGCUGGAGAUCUCAACAGAAGAGAUGGAGAAUGCAGUACAAUCUGCUUUUAGAAUGAAAGCCAAAUCAGCCAGAAAUAAAAGAUUGGUAGGAGACUGUUUAGUCAUAUUUAAAGAAAGGGAAAUGAGGAAUAUGAUCCUCCAAAAAAACAAGGAAAAAAGGCUGAAUAUUGGCGGUAACUACAUUAUAAUCUUUAAAGACAUCCCAGUCAGGCUGCUUAAACGUAGAGAAUCAUAUAAGGAACUGGUACAGACUUUGAAGAGGAAUAAUAUUGAAUUCAAAUGGGAGUUCCCCGAAGGAAUCUCCUUUACUUACAGGAGUAAGAGACAAAAACUUACGAGUCCAGAAGAAACUAGUAAAUUCUUAAGGAAAUACAAAGAAUUGAAAGUACAUAGAGAGGAUGACAUGAGUGAGGAGACAGAAAGAAAGGAAGACUCAGAAGAAGGAAUAGAGAGGUCAGAGGGAGAGGAGGAGGAGGAGGAAGAGAGAGGCGAAGGUAAAAUAUAGAGAGAGCUGGUAGACUUCCAUUAGGCAAACACUAUGGUGUUAAAAAUCUGGAGUUGGAACAUCAAUGGAAUGAAUGAUAAGAAAAAGAGAAACAAAAUUGAAUAUAUUUUAAAUAAAGAAAGUUUGGAUAUUAUAUGCCUACAGGAGACCCACAUAGCAAGGAAACAUAAAAGAGUCUUGACAAAUAAAAGAUUGGGUAACGAAUUCGUAUCGGCAGAUAAAAGGAAGAAAAGGGGGGUGGUCAUAUACAUAAGAAAACAACUGGAAGCACAACAAAUUUUUAAAGAUGAAGAAGGGAGGAUAGUGGCAGUUCAAAUUAAAUGGCAAGGAGAAAAUGUAUUAAUAGUGGGGAUAUAUGCACCAAAUAAUAAUAAAGCAGAGUUCUACAGAAUGUUAGAGGGGAAAUUAAGUGAAUAUGCGGACCAGAAAAUAAUAUUACUAGGGGAUAUGAAUGGCGUGGUGUCGCUAGACAUCGACAGGUUAAGAGAAGGAGUGAGUAGGGAA